CAGCCACGCCUGCCCUCCCCCUGCGGCAGCCGCCUGGAUCCCGGACAGCGCAGCUUCGGGCCUUUCCUGGCGGCGGCAGUGGCGGCAUGGGCUGGAGACGGGCAGCUCGCUAGGAGAGGAGCCAGCGCGGUCGGGGCGCCUCAGGUGAGGGGAGCCAUGGGGGUGCUGAUGUCCCGGCGGCAGACGGUGGAGCAGGUGCAGAAGGUCAGCCUGGCCGUCUCGGCCUUCAAGGACGGGCUCCGGGAACGGCCCGCCGCCAAGCGCUCGGCCGAGGGGGCCGCCAGCCGCCGCGGGACCCUGGAAGAGCACGCCGUGCAGGAGCUCCGCGACGAGGAGGAGCCGGCGCCGGCGCCGGGGGAAGCCUCUCGGCCAGGGGGCAGCAGGACCGCGAGCGCCGCCUGGGCGAGGCUGCGGGACGGGCGCGGCGUGGAACCCGAAGACCUGGACCGGCCAGGCUGCUUCUUGCCCCCGGCCCUGGUCCGCCCCGUCCGGCCGCCGCCCGAAGAGAAGGAGCGGCUGGAGAUCAGCCUGGAGCAGCGCGAGCAGGUGACCAAUGAGGAGAUGUGUGAAGUGUGCGAGGUAUGGACGGCAGACAGCCUCCUGCCCUGCCGGGUUUGCACCAAGGUCUACCACGAUGGCUGCCUGCAGCGCAUGGGCCUCCUCUCCCCGGCCGAGGCCUCCGAGGCCAUCGAGGCAGCCCACUCAGCGGUCGGCUGGAGUUGCUACCACUGCGAUAACCUGAACUCGCUACUCACCCAAGAGGAGAUGGACUCCCUCUCCCAUGCCUUCCAGCAGAGCAACAUCGCACCCGAGAGCAGCCUGAGCCUGGAGGACUUCUUGCGCUACAAGGGCCUCGGGGGGCAGCCCAGCAGCGAGGAAGAAAAGGAACGGCAGGCCCUGCAGUUUGGGGCCCUGGACCCCGGGCAGAAGGGCCACAUCGCCUGGAUGGACUUCCUCUCCCAUGAGUCCCUGCUGCUGCUGCAGAGAACACGCACGCAGGAGGGGCUGCUGCACCUGCUGACGGGCAAGGAGAGGGAGCGGGCGCGGGAAGCCUUCCUGGCCCUCAACCAGCAGGGGGACGGGCUCAUCAGCCAGGACCAGAGCCGGCACUUCCAGAACGCUUGGUUCCGAAAACGACAUCCGGGGGCAGCCUCCUCCAGCGCCAGGGCCAGCCAGGCGGAGCCUGUCUCUGAAGGCAACAGCCAAAAGCAGGAGGACAAAGAGCUGCCCAGAGACGAGCCAGGGGAACCAAGCAGAACCGUCACCUGGCCGGCCUUUUUGAGAGAAAGCACCAUCUACAUCCUUGCUGCCCGGCCCAACAGUGCCGCCAUCCAUCUCAAGCCAUCGAUGUGAGGCCGUUGGGCAGAGCCGGAGAAGGCCGGAUGGGCCUCCUUGGAUGAGCUUCUUGCCAUUGAGACAAGACACUGGACCGGCUGCCCCAAAGUGCUGGAGGCCCCCCAGGAGCUGCACACACACCCCCAGGACAGUGGCAGGAGGGCUGAGGGAAGCCCCUUUGCCCUCCGGGCUCUGGACAUCCUCCACACUCUCUCUCUCUCUCAGUCCCUGCAGCCUCCCUGGGCAGAGGACCAGAAUGCCGGCUCCUCUCUGGGGAGCCCAAAUGCCAGAGCUCCCAGGUUUCCUCCGUUUCCCCUUUGGUUUUGCCGUUUGUUCUGACCAGCUGGAGGGACUCUGAAUGUGGAUAUUCCGGAUAUUCCGACAGCAUCCCGGCCUCUGGAAAUGAAACUGGAGCAUCCGGUAGCCCCUCCCCUCUUCACGGCCAGGCCAAGCCAAGAGUUUUGUGACUGGCCAAGAUGGAGGGAGCUCAGCAGCUCAGAGAGAGAGAAACCGAGGCCAGCAUCCCUGCAGACUCUGGUUUCUGGCUGGCCACCGCAUGCUGGGUUGUUUUGGCCCCCCAGGUCACCAAAUGCCAUUCACCCUGGAGCUUCUGGGCGGGGCCUUACUGGGAACAAGCUUCACCCACUGCAGCCCCCUCCCUUCAUUGCUCCUUUGCCAUUCGGUCUUCCUAGGGAGCAGUUCCAGGUUUUGAGACCUGUGUGCUGGCCCAAUCUGGCUCCCAAAGAGAAACCGCCUUUGCCCCCUUGGAGAAUGCCAGGUCUACCCUGGCACAGUCUUCCAGGAGCACAUUCAGCGGUUGCAUUCCCCCCCCCCUCCUCUCCUUCCCUCGCCAGCCCAGGAGGAGCUGAUGCCAACCAGAGGAGCCGGGACUUUUUCAUGUUCCAGUAAGAGCUGCUUUUCCUGCAGAGAGCACUGCCCUAGAGCUCAGCCCCAAACCUCCCAUCCUGCUGGCAGAGAAGAUAUCUCCUGCCAGGGCAGCAGCGUUGCCAGCCAGUGAAGCCCCUUCCCCCCACCCGGCUUGUCUGCACCCGUGAAUCAAAGGGCCCCCCCCAACAUGAUUCAUCCCUGCGUUUCCUGCCUCUUGGCGGUUUGAAGAGUUGUGGAAAUUAUUGAGGGAGGGGUAGGGACUUAGAAACCUUCACCAUCUGCAUGUAAAUAAGGGUGGGGGGCAGAUUGGAUUCCCAAGUUCCUCGGACACCACCACCACCCGAGCCAAGGGGCAGGGCAGGCCCUGUGAUCAGGUUUCCUCUGUAAUGCUCCGUUUGAACAUAGAACAUAGAAUAACCGAAUUGGAAGAGACCUAUGAGGUCUUCUAGUCCAACCCCCUGCUCAAGCAGGAGAUCUUAGGUCAUCCCAGACAAAUGGCUGCCCAGGGUGUUUUGGAGCACCUGUGACUUCUGAAGGAAAGCUGCUUUGGCUUUGGCGGCUAGUUCUGCAGGUCCUGCCUGAAGAUGAACCCCACCCCCUCCCGAGGGGGACCCCUGGUGAAUCCCCGGCUGAGGUCCUGGCUGACCCGGUGGGCUUAAUCCCGUCUGCAGCCUGCCUGCAGUGGCCAUUCUCAUUUUGUGGGAGAAGCGGAACCGCUGCUUCUCCUGGCAGAAUCCCCAUGGGGCUGGGGUUCGAAGGGAAGGAAAACUUCAGAUCAAAGCCAUACGAUCGUCCCAGGCCAGCAGCAAAGGAAAUCCUGGCUUAUUGGGAAGCAGCUGGUUCCUUGGGGUGAAGUUAAGUGGAGGGAGUGGGGGGAGUCUCCUUCCUAGCAAGGCUGAGCCUUGUGUAGAACAAGGGGGUCAAACUCGGUAUCAUUGAGGGCCGUGUCAGGGUUGUGUUUAAACUUGGGGGGGGUGGCCAGCCCAGUGUCACUCAUGUCAGGGGUGCCUCUGGCGUCCCGAGGGCUCUGCCAGUGAAAAUGGGCUCCUCCCAACCUCCGUUUUCGCUGGUGGAUGGUUGCAGGAGGCCGUCGAGCUCGGGAGCCCAUUGUCGCUGGCAGAGGCACCGCAAGCCGGUCCUUCACUUUCCGGGGUGGCCCCACAGGCCAGAUCUAAGCACCCCAUUGGCUGGAUCCAGCCCUUGAGUCUGACACCCCGGAUGCAGAAGGUCAGAGGAAAUUCUAGGUGGUUUGCCUGCCUCCCCAUGACCCCGGUGGAAAUCUGAGAUAUGGGUAGUCCUCCUUUAGUGACAGCUCAAAAUUACAAGGGCACUAGAAAAGUUGACGUUUUUCCCAUUCUUCACACUUAUGGCCGUUGCAGCAUCCCCCUGGUCACGUGAUCAAAAUUCAGAUGCUCGGCAACUGACUCAUGACAGUCGCCGUGUCCUGGGGUCACAUGAUCCCCUUUUGUGACCUUCUGACAAGCAAAGUCAACGGGGAAUUCAGAUUCACUUAACAACCAUGUUACUAACUUAACAACUGCAGCGAUUCACUUAACAAUUGUGCUGAAGAAGGUCAUAAAAUGGGACAACGCUCACUUAAGAAAUGUCUCGCCUAGCAUCAAAAAUUUCGGGCUCAAUUCUGGUCAUAAGUCGAGGACUUCUUCUCUUCUGCUGCUCUUGUGAAGGGGUGUCCAUAGGACAUGGUCCGAAAGUCAAGACGAGAGCCAGAACGGUGUGAUUCCGCAUUAAAGCAGGUGGAGUUUUGAUCCCCCCCAUGGUCAAAAUGGCCACUCCUAAGCCAUCAUCCUGUGACCGGAAGCUUCUGUCUCCCCAGGAAAAGUUACUUUGCCUGGAUGGGGGUUUGAGCCCCUUGUGCCGCCUCCUCUUCCUCCUUCCAAGAGCCAUGUUGCCGGAUGAGGCGACAGCCACCUGUCCUCCAGGGCAACCAACCAAAGCCAAGCAUGCCCAGCACAGCCAAGGCCUUGGUGGCUGGUCCCAUCUGUCUCUCCAGGGAGACUCCCUGGGAUUCUGAGACCAGAAGAAGAAGAGCCUCUGCCUGAAUGUCUACUGAGAUUCUCCAUCCUCUGGUCAUGGUUGUCCCAGAGGUGUUUUUUCCAGAAGGCAACUGGGCUCUCUUGCUUUUUUUCCCUUUGAAAAUGUUUCGCUUCUCAUCCAGGAAGCUUCUUCAGUUCUAAGUGACUGGUGGAGAAUGGAAGGAUUUAGAUUCGUUGCAGUCACCUGGUCUUUAGCACUCUGGAGUUUGGUCAUUAGCUUUCAAGCCAUUGAGGCAGAAGCUUGUCCACCCCGAGGACACAAAGGGAGCAUUGGGAUCUAUGCAGUGCAAUGCAGCAAGACAUAUGCAGACCUAUCUGUUGCGGAAACAAAACAACCAUUUCACAAAUGCAACACAGAAGAACAAACACAUCAGGAGAAGAUUCAGCAGUUCAAGGUGAAGUCCACUCUUCUGAAGAAAGCAGAGUCCACAUUCUGAACUUAGAGGACCCCCCCAGUUUGAAAGAGGGACCAAAGAAGCCAUCUGUCGUAUCCCACCCCCCACUCCGACGAACAAGUCAAGGAAGUCCAUGGCAAACUUGGCAACAAAGCCUCUGCAGCUUGCCAAGUCCCUUCGAGGUUUAUCAGGGCAGGCAGGAGUCCAAGUUGUGACUUCAGCGAUAGGGUCCGGUAUCAGCAAACUCAAUAAGACUUUGCUUGACUCAAGGUUGGAAUGCCAAAAGCAGAUCCUUUAUAUAGGCUGUGGGGUGUGGCUCCAUGACUCAGCAUUUAUCCAGGCCUGCCCCACCCCUCCUUCUGCUGGCGUUGUCUCUCAGAUCUCCGGAAGUGAGGGUCCUCCCACACUGAAUUGUCUUCAGCUGGAUCUGCUGUCAGUAAUUCCAGCACCUGGCUGCUUCCUGCUCACACGCUGUAUGAGUGAAGUUUAUCGGGCUUGUCCGUUCACUCCUGGAAUCCUCUCCGGGCAUGGGGCCAGGGCCAGGGGCUGGAGGCAUGACAGGUCGUUCAUCUUCAUUAUCAGACUCUGAGUCUGAUAUGGAGACGGGAGGGGCCCGGCUGAGGAGAGGAGGGAGGACGAGUCACAACACCAUCCAUGUAAAAAUUGAAGAGCCCUUCCUCAGCAGAGGGAGAGGGAUACGACCAGGGGUGAAAUGCUCCCGGAUCAGACCGGAUUGCGCGAUCCUGUAGCUAUCGUGGCCGGUAGUUUGAAUUGUGGCUGGUAAUUCAGCUGUUGUAGAAAGAUGAGACUCAAGCCAGCUCUUCAGGGAAGGAAAGGUUUAUUGCGCAGGUUCAGAAAGCAAAGCAGUGCAAAGGGUCUGAACCCUGAAGGGCGUAUCAUUAGACAUAUUUAUACCCUUACUAUACGUAUACAUUUCCUGAGCUAACAUAGUUCCAUAUAUGGUUAUAUUCUAUACGUCCUUAUUUUAGCAACUGGAAAAGUACCAGACAGUUGUGACCGUUACGUGCAGAUAAGAAAACAGGAUAUGGCUCUUGGUCAACAUCUUCAAGGGGGGACAGGAAACACCUGGCUAAUACAGCAGUUUCUCCUAACUAGUCUAGGUCCACUUCCCAGCGAUCCGGUAGCGAUGGCGGUGCAAAGUUCCGCCCACCCGCCCAGAGUGUCAGUACUUCCUGGUUUUAACCAAGAAGUAAUGUGGUUUUUUACCUGUUUUGCGCAUACACAAAAGGUCUGCACACGCCUGUGAUGUGUGCACGGGGCACUUGCAGUUCCAACCGGUAAGGAAGGUAAGUAGAUUUCACCCCUGGAUACGAUCCCACCCAUCUCCUGUUUACAACAGAGUCCUUUCAGCGGUUCCAUUUCCACUAUUCAGGUGACCCUGAGGGCACAGAUAAACCUCCCAAGUGGCAUCAGUGUUUCUCAGAGAGAGCACUAACAACCAGAGGACUGCAAGGAAUAUAAAUCCUUCCAUCCUCCACCAUUCAGUCAGAACUGAAGAAGCUUCAGAAGACACCUAGAAGACGCAAGAGAAUCCAAUUGCCUUUUGGGGGAAAAGCAUCUUUGGGAACCCAUUUCCUUUGGUGAAACCACUGGGAGCUGUUCCAGCCCAAGUGAAACUCCUGACUUGGGAUGGUUUGAUGUGUCUGGAGCAGUGGUUCCCAACCUUUUCUUGUUUGAGGCACAACCUUUUCUUGUUUGAGGCACCCUUGGAAAGCCUUUCAAAAGUUCCCGGCACCCUUAUAAGGAAAUAGAUAUUUAAAAUCUCCGUAGCUCAAAAGUUCCCGGCACCCUCAAAAGAUCUCACGGCACCCCUUAGUGCCGCGGCACACUGGUUGGGAACCACUGGUCUGGAGGGUCCUCAGUCCGCCCCGAACCGGAUUGCCCUGGACGAAGAGAGCACCCAGGCCUCUUCUCUUGAUAAGAGCCCCACAAAUGUAGGAGAAACUGGAGACCAGCUGGCCUGCUGAGCCUGGGAUGCAGAAGACAGGCAGGUGUUCGUUGAAAAGGUACUAUAUGGCCUUCCUAGUGCACCCCACAUGUUUCUGGAAGCCCCUUUCAGGACUGAGGAGUCCCCUUUUUCAUCAGAUUCCCCAGAGAUGCCUAAAUCCAUGGAACGGACCCCAGGCUCCGCACCCCUUCCCCUCCCUCUCAACGGCUCCUGUUAAUUCUGUAGUAACACAGCCCAAACUCUGUGAUAUGAAUAAAUUAUGGACAUGA